AUGCCUUUGAUUUCUUUAUCUGAUGAAGAGCGCUCAGCAGCGUUGAAGACUGCAUUACCUGACUUGAAGUACCACUUGUCUGAGGUGAAAGUCCCUGUGGAGGUGCAAGCCGCUUUGUUCCACAAAGGCUUUGUGGAUUUGCAGCUUUUUGCCGGGCUGGAUGAAUCCCGCUUGGAAGUGCGCAAUGCUCUUGCUGUUGAAAUUGGCUUAAAGCACGACGAGUGCACCGAUGCCCGCCAAAAUGUUGCCCGGCUUUUAUCUGCAUGGGAAUCUUCUCGUGCGCAGCUGGUGGCUGAGGACAAGAUGAAGGCUGAAAGCAAGCUCGGCCAAACGCCUCGGAUUGUGCAGUGCUCCGAGAUGGCAGCUUUGCGCAAAGCGGUGGAGGCUGAUCUUGGCAAGUUACAGGACGAUGAGGUCCCUGCCAAGUCUCUGAUUGCCACCAAGUUGGAACAGAUUGAAUCUGGCGACCUACGUGCCGAAGACUUACGUGAGGUCCUUUGCGUGGAAGACACAGAUGUUGAUCUCUUUAGUGGCAUCAUUGAGCAUGGCACCGGCAAUCUCAAGAUCAAGCCGGGGAAGGCGAGCAUUGCUAUGCCAUCAACUCCAGAAGAGUUGAGGCUACGACAUCGCCGCAUUGGCAUUGCAUGGCUGAUGGUGGGUUCCAAGCACAAGAACCAAUCCUGGAUCACGCCUGCCUUGUUGGAAGCGUUUCGCCGUUUUUCUGACCAUAUUGUGGGCAGGCACAUUGCAGGUUUUCCGAUCAUGGCCCAGGGAGUGACAAGGCACCCAGCUUGGAAUUUGGUGUUAUCUUAUGAGCUAGAAGUACGCAAAAGGGCUUACAAGCAGCUGCGCGAUGGCAAGCAUUCAUCUUUGCAAGAAGCUUUGGAAGAUGCGUGGAAUUCUGCUGAGCUGAUCAACAAGCAUUUUUUGGUUCCUCUGACUGCAUCUGCUGACUUCUUCAGCACGGCCAGUCACGGUGAGGUGUUUACUGCCCAUGGCAAAGGUAGUGGCAAGCAUGGGAAAGGUAAAGGCAAGGGCAAAGACAGGCGUUUGGUCUCCAAGCAGAAAAACAUUGCUCUUUUCACCAUGCUUGCCAAAUCUGCCUUGGAGAAGGCCAUGGGAAGAAAGAUUGCCCGAGUCAUCCAAAGAGCAUGUUGCAGUCACCAGCUUGAACGGCUGCAGGGGCCCAACCGGCUGAUGGGCCCCGCCAGGAAUCAAUUUUGUCAGCCGAAAAAGUCAGUGCCGCGCUUCCCUCGCCUGCGGUGGGGCAUUCAUGUUCGGGACAGCGCGUCAGCUCUAGUGUUGAUACAGAUUUGCUUGAUGGUGAAGAAGAGUCAGCAUGGUUUCAUCAAGCAGUCGACAGUGUUGGACAAGCACACGGACGGGCGUAGACUUCUUUUUGAGUUGGCUUGCAAAAAACAUGUGGACCAGCCUUUCCCUGCAGCACUGGUGAAAGAAGCUAGGGAGGCUGUCAAAGGCAUUCUGAGAAAACAUGGUGCGCAGCUUGAUUUAGAUGCAAUUCCAGAGCGACAGCCUUUCCAUCUUGCUUUGCUUGAAGAGUUUCUGCGUCUCUGCAACGAUCCUGAUGCUUCAGCGUAUUUUUCAGGCAAGGAUUCAUUUGCUGCGGGCGCGAUUGAAGCACAAUUCGUAGAAGAAGCCAAGUUAGGUGCGAUGGUGAAGAUGGAAGUUGAGGAGGCGUCAAGGAUCUAUGGUGAAAAUUUGAGGGUAGCUUCGCUUGGUGCAAUCCGGAAAGCUGAUGACAGCUUCCGUGUAGUCCAUGAUGGAACACACGGCAUAGGGGUCAAUGGUAAUAUCAAGGUGCGUGACCAGAUUGCAUGCCCAAGUGCAGGUGAUUUGCGGCAGGUGCUACAGGUGCUGGAGAAGCCGACUUUUGUUUUGACAGCAGACAUCAAGCGCGCGCACAGGCUUGUGAAGAUCAAGCCAGAAGACUGGGGGCUGCAAGCAUGUAGGACAGACGAAUCUUCUUCAUUUGUCUGGCUGAAUACUGUAGGCACUUUUGGCGUUGCGUCAGCUGCAGUACAUUGGUCGCAUCUUUUCAGUGGAAUACAGCGGGCGGUGUACUAUUUAACUGGUACUUUGAAGCUGUUUCUCCUCACCUAUGUUGAUGAUUUGCUGUUCAUUACACAAGGAAAAGCUGCAACGGAUGCAAUUGUAGUUGCUCUUCUGUUUAUGGUAGUCUUGGGCGUUCCCUUCAGCUGGCAUAAGUGCAAGGGGGGCACACAGGUCGAAUGGGUAGGCUACUACGUGGAUCUGGAACAGAAGUCUGUUGGUAUUAGUGAAAAACGUGCAGAUUGGAUUUGCAACUGGGUUGAGACAACUGUGGCAGCAGGCGUGGUGAAAUUGCAUGACUUUUCUGCAGUGCUAGGUCGGCUUUCUUUUGCAAUGGCGGCAAUUGAGCACCUCAGGCCUUUUCUGGGGCCACUGUACGCAUGGUCUGCAGCCCUGGAAAACGUGGUUCAUGCUCGCUUGCCUAAAGCUGUUAUCUACAUCUUGCGUUUCAUUGAACAUAUGCUGAAACAUGGAUGGCGUACUCGCCCAGUGGGACCUCUGCAAGAAGCUCGUAGGGAAUUAUUCAGGGCAGAUGCAAAAGCCGAAGGUGAAGUGAUUUGCAUCGGUGGCUGGGCAGUUGAGGACGGUCCGGAUACAAAAUCAUGUAGAUGGUUCAGUGAAAGGUUGACGCGGUCAAAUGCACCUUGGGCUUUCUUGGCUGGGGAAUCUUUCCGAGCCAUUGCAUCACUGGAAUUGUUUGCCACCUUAGUGAGCCUGGUCCUCUUCAAGCCUGCGUGCUACAAAGGUUCAAUGAAAAUUUCAGCUGGAACUGAUAACUUGGGAAAUACACAUCUCAUCGCUCGGUUGAUGAGCACCAAAUUCCCAUUGUGCGCUAUUUUGAUGGAAGUGGCGGCAGUUCUCAUGGACGGCAAUCAUGAUCUGCAGUUGGAAUGGCUUCCUCGUCUCCAAAACCAGGAGGCAGACAAUCUCACAAAUGAGAUUUUUCACGGUUUCAGUGAGGAUCGCAGGCUGCGGUUUCAUAUGGAGGAGUAUGAAGGUUUAGUCUUACAGGCAAUGUUGAAUUUGGGCAUGGAAUUGUACGAGGACGUGCGGAAAGCACGUGACCGCAAGGUGAGCCAGACCAAGCGGGUGAAGACUGGCGAGCCUCUGCGUGUGAGAGACCCUUGGGGCUGA